AUGGCCGACGAGCUCUACGCCCAAGUACGCAACGCCGAAGCCGAGACUUCUGAGAGGCAUCAUAGGAUUCAUGAUCUUAUUCUCAAUGCGCACGAAGCAGAUGAUUUGGCCGGUGCACCAACAGACCAAGAUCGAACCUGGCACAUCACGCAGUACCUUCUCCCUGAAGAUGACCCGGAGUAUGACGAACGUCAUGCACUUAGUCAGGCAUUGGAAAAUUGGAGAUUGGACAUGAUGUUGGCAAACUCAGACAUAAGCGAACUGACCGAGUCAGAACGUGCGGCGAAGGAAGCACUAGGUGAGCUAACAAUCAAACUGAUCAACAGAUAUGACUGUGUACGAAUGCCAGAUUAUCAGUCUCUCUUCUUUGGCCGCCGGUAG